CCAUACGCCUUUUGCGAGUCACAAUGGCCGUCCGACCAAUCACUCGAUCACCUCUUCUGCUCUUGACCAUCAGCAUCUGUUUAGCUCUGCCUAUCUUGGCUGUCUCGACCCAUAUCCUAUCCAUCUAUCGCUCUGAGCAUGCCUCAAAUCCCUGGUGGCUGCCCGUGUGGCACGCUCACUUCGACACCAAAGGUCUGAUUGCUGUCAUUGCGGGCUCUUGUGUCGUUUUCGCUCUCGAUCUCAUCUCUGUUGGCCUAGUCAUUGCUGGAAACAAAACUAGUGGCAAGAUUAUCAAAUGGACAACAGCGAUGUUCAUGGCGGCUGCCACGAUUGCAGCGCUUGUUGCUUUGAUCAUACCUGCAGUUGCGAACGCGGCGGCUCCUAGCAAGUCUGAUACUGUUCAGACUUGGACUUGUCGAUGGAAGGGUGCUGUAGGUGCACCUGACAACUUUGGACCGCUGUGCCGAGAAAGUCCACAAACGUUGGACGAAGAAUUGGUCAUUAUUACCAAAAGUGUCGAAGUCGCUACUACAGGUUCGAACGAGAGCCCAAGGAUCAGG